CCAAACAUGAAAACCAUUUCAGGCAGAUGCACAAUGUUGGAAUAUUUUAGAGCCUCUAUAGUUAGAGGAUGUUCAUCCUGAGCUUUAAUAUUAUGCAGGAGCAGCAAUGUGCAUAUUUCUGGUGGGAGGAGCAGAGUAAAAGUAGUGUGUUUUGCUUUCAGUAAAGCUGCACUGCUGAUAUUCGAGUCCACAUGCAGAACAAGAUGCGUCUUAUCAGGCAGGAUGCAUGCUGGAUGUCCUAUGCCUGCACGUGAUGGAUGAAAGCUGAAUCGUGCUUGUCAGCAUAUCUCAGGGUAAACGUGGAACAGCCAACCUGCCCUUUUAAUGAAGUGAUUAAGCUGAUCAUCUGUACGUUUGUCUGGAUUACAGCCAGUGAUUAAACCCAAGGAGAACACUGAGGGGGCGUGGAGGCACAGUAAACUACAAAAGGCCCCCACUGGCUGCCACUCUCACCCUAAAGGUCCCAUUGUUGUGUGACUGUGAACAGGGAUAACCUCCGCUUCACAGUAGACCAAUUGGGCAGUGCGGUUUGUGCACCAGCCUACAUCAAGCUACUUCUUGGCCUUCUGCUCUCAGAAACAUGGGCAACUCAACGGGAAGCACAGUGGAUGACUUGCAGGCGGUGGAGAUGCACCUCUGGUACAAGAAGUUCAUGAUAGAGUGCCCCUCGGGUCAGCUCACCCUGCACGAGUUCAAGCAGUUCUUUGGGCUGAAGGGUCUGGAUCCAGAGGCCAACGCCUACAUAGAGCAGAUGUUCCGAACGUUUGACAUGAACAAGGACGGCUACAUAGAUUUUAUGGAGUACGUGGCUGCUCUGAGUCUGGUGAUGAGAGGAAAGAUGGAGCACAAGCUGCGCUGGUACUUCAAACUUUAUGAUGUGGAUGGAAACGGCUGCAUCGACCGGCACGAACUCCUGAACAUCAUCAAGGCCAUCCGUGCAAUCAAUGGGAACGAAAAUCAGGAAACUACAGCUGAGGAUUUCACAAACGGCGUGUUUGACAGGAUUGAUGUAAAUGGAGACGGUGAGCUCUCGCUGGAGGAGUUUGUGGCCGGAGCUCGUACUGAUGAAGACUUCAUGGAAGUGAUGAUGAAAAGUUUGGACCUCCGCCACAUUGUGGCCAUGAUCCACAACAGGAGGCACAGCGUUUAGGUUACGUCUGUCCAACUACCUCAUCCUCAUUCGCGAUUUGACCUGAGUGCUACACUGCCUCUGGAAAUAAAAAUAAGAUGGUCCUUUUCUUUUUUUUUUUAAAGUGGGAAUUCUAAUAAUGAACCCACUGAAAUGUGAUGCCAGUGCACUGCACACACUAACAUAUGUUGUGUUUACUCUGUAGAGGGGUGACACCUAUGCACUUUCAAUGGGAUGACUCAGUCAAUCCUUGCAGACGAGACAUUGUCCUUGUUAAGUGAUGGUGAGCUCUCCCAAGGCCACCCUGGCAUGAAGGAUGAUCUUUAGGACAGUCCACUUAGUCUCAGGGAUAAGGAGGGGGAUGGCGGAGCAGAGUGGCAGCCACGUGCACUGAAGCACAUGCGCUUUACAUUUUAUUUUCUGUCCAAGUUCCUCUGCAUCACAUCACUCAAAUCUCUGUUUACCUACUCUUGCUUGUGGGGUUUACAGGAGGAAGCAGUGUGGUUAGCAUCCAUGCUAAUUUGAAGACGUCUGGGCUGUGAAGGUGAAAGCCUGUGGAGUUUAGUUGAAUAUGCUCAUAGGACCCUCAAAUGUUUACCUUUUUUAUCAUCUUUUAAACUUUUCAUUAAAAAAUAAGUAAAUAAAAAAAAUCUGGAAUAUCUAAAGAACCAAAAAGUAAAAUACAAGCUGGUCUAGCAUCAUUUCUUUGGCUGAAAGAUCAGCAUCUAAUUCAGCUUCAACACAGAUCGAGAUGUUUUUGUUUGCUGGCUGCGCUCAUCUGGUGCCUUCUGUGUGAAGAGUGCUGAAUAUGUUCAGCUUAUGCUAAUUUGUACACUCAAAAUAAAAACUCUUUAAA